GAGUCGGUGCUAAAUGGCAGGCUGGAACCUGUUGGAACUGUAGAGGGAUUCAGUGCAGAAAUAGGUGCCAGCGGUGUGUUCUGCCCAACCCACAUCACACUGCCUAUCACCACUUUCUUCUAUCACGUGUCUGAAGACGAUGCCCCCUCGCCUUUCCUGGGUCAUGUAAAUCUAGGCAAAAAAGGAUACAGGGUUCCUAGCAAAGGCACAGUGCAAGUGACGCUCUUCAAUCCCAACAAGACUGUGGUGAAGAUGUUUGUGGUGAUGUAUGACCUCGCUGACAUGCCUCCCAACUGUCAAACGUUUGUGAGACAGCGUAUAUUCUACAUGCCAACCGGAGCAACCUCGGCUGAUGCGGGACAGCUACGCUUUCUAAUACAUCUCAGGUAUACUAGUGCAUUUAAUGCAAUAUACCGCAUAAUAGUUGGUAAUAUUCGAGGCGAUAGCAAUCAACUCACAUUGUUUAAUUAUUGUUAGUGUUACACAUCUCUCAUACUCAUGUCAUGACCUUGUGUGUUAAUUUCAUUCAGCAAAUAAUAAAUUUCCUAUACUGUCAUACUUUAUACAGGCAAAAUACCGAAUUCCCUUCAA